UUUCAGCUGAUACGAGAGACAACAACUGCUGUUUUUAUUUAUCGGUGAAUCUCAGGAUUUACAAGAACAAUGAGGGCAUCCAAACUUCAGGAAAGCGGAGAGGUGAGAAUCGCACAUUCUCUACAUAAAAAUGAGGAGGAGUUUGUAGUCAGAAGGAGAGAAACUGUUUUUCAAAGCCUGCAGAAACUCGGAAAACACUGCAGUCAGGAUGCGGUGCCAAACAUUGCAUUACUGGGUUCUGGAGGAGGACAAAGAGCCAUGGUGGGUUUGCUGGGAUCCCUGGAUCAGCUUGAUAAAGCGGGUCUUCUGGACUGCAUCCUUUAUCUGAGCGGAGUCUCUGGAUCCACCUGGUGCAUGGCCUCCUUAUACCAAGAACCAGACUGGUCCACCAAACUAGAGACUGUGAAGGAUAAAAUCAUCAGGAGACUCAGCGGUCCUGCAGUCAGCUGGGGAGACGCAUUUGACAAACUGAAGAAAUAUUACUAUGAGAAAGAGCACUUCAGCUUGACUGACGUCUGGGCAGCGAUGGUCGUCACUACAUAUGUGAAAGAGAUUGAUGAACGGACACUCUCAGAUCAGUGGGACCAGCUCAGAAAAGACCCGUUUCCCAUCUAUGCAAUAAUGGACAAGCAAAGCAAACAGGAGGAGGCACAAGACCCCUGGUUUGAGAUCAGUCCACUUGAAGCGGGUUAUUCUCUCACUGGAGCGUUUGUGAAAACCUCUAGCUUCGGCAGCAAGUUUAGCAAAGGUUCAAAGAAAAAAGACCAUCCUGAAACAGACAUGCUUUACCUGCAAGCUCUGUGUGGCAGCGUUUUAGCUGAUGGAGACGAGAAUAAGAAAUUCAUCUGGAAAAAAAUAAAAGAUUUCUUUCAACAUUCAAUAACUAAGAAAAGGAGUGAAGAUCCUAAAGACCCAUCUGAGGAAAAGGGUUUCCAGGUGCUCAUGGAUCUUGUGGACAUGAAUCUCGAUGUUUUGAAUGGCAAAGAUCCUUCUGCUCUUGAUCAAUCCAUCAGAAGCACACUGAACGAGCUCAGUGGAGGCAAACGCCGGGUGAUUUUGCCAACAGAAAAACUGAAUCUCGCCGAUAAAAAGGCUGCAGAACUGCAUAUGAAGCAAUACACUGAAGAUGUGUGUAAGAAUUUGAGUCUUUGGGACAGGUUUCCUGUUUUGGCUCUUUUCUCGAGCAUUUGUAUAUGCAUGACUCAGUGGACCUGGGGCAGGAAAUAUAACUUCCUUCACGAAAUGACAGAUGAAGCAGUGCCUGCUGCUCUUCUGGAAGGUGAGACGAGAGACUAUAUGGACGCCGGAGUGUUGCUGAACUCACCCUACUUCUCAGUGCUGAGAGAAGAACGAGACAUAGACCUCAUCAUUUCCCUGGAUUUCAGUGAAGCCGAUCCUUUCAAGACAGUGAGAGAAGCUGCUGAGAUGUGUAAGAAGCUAAACAUCCCUUUCCCUGAAGUCAACAUUCCCAGUGAAGACCUGAAGAACCCAAAGGACUUCUAUGUGUUCAAAGGCACAAACACUCCAACCGUGAUUCACAUCCCUCUGUUUAAUGUGGUCAACUGUGGAGAUGAUGUUGAGACCUGGAAGAAAAAUUAUGCCACCUUACAAGGUUCUUACAGCGCUGAGAUGAUCACUAAUCUUAUGGAGGUUGCUGGAAAAAACAUCUCAAACAACAGAGAGAAACUGCUGGAGCAGAUUGAUGCAGUCGUCGGGUAGAAAGGACACAACUAAUGACAGUCAUUGUGAAAUGAGGCAAAGUCCUCACUGUUUGUUUACAUGUUUUUAUUUUAUUUUUUAUUUUUAGGUAAAAUUAUGUUCCAGUUAGACUUAAUGUUGAUACAUUUUCCAGGUGAAAUAACUGAUUUAAAGUUGUUCUUUAGUCAACUUAUAUUCAGACCAUUGUUUCACCAAACUAUUUUAUUGAAAACCACUGAUAACCACUCACUCAUUUAGUCGACAUAUAUCUAUAUAGUUCAUAGGAAUCAGAAUGUAGGUGGGCCCAGAGAUAAUCAGGUGGGCCUAGCCUAAAAUGCAUCUGUUAUUAAAAAAGUCUAACAUAACUAUACCUGCUUGAACACACCACCGUUUAAUUAAGCAUUAGCCUGUAAUUAUGUCAUAGGCAGUGUUUUCAUAGGAAAAUGUAGACUCCCUUACUUUUGAUGGUAUACUAAUGUUUCUGCUUUGUAUUCAGUUCAGCUACAUCAAUUACUGGAUGCCUUUGUCCGUAUUAAGGAUUUCCAGGCAUGUCAUAAGUCGAGUAUGAAUGAAACAUACACUGCAGGAGAGUGUUUAGCACUUAAUGUUCACAUCGCCUCAUUUUGGAUAUGAAUAAAGUGUAAUGCGCAUAAAGCC